AUGGGUCAUUUUCCCUUCACCUCUGGCGGGUAUGUCAACCUACUAGCUUCCCAAACCAUUGAAAACACCCACGUAGAGUCUCCCCCCGUCCCUAAAGCUGCUGAAAGGAGGAAGUGGUCACCAAAAGAAGACAUCGUGCUGAUCAGUGCCUGGUUGAACACCAGCAAGGAUCCGAUUGUCAGCACAAACCAGAAAGGAGGAGCAUUUUGGAAGAGAAUACAAGAGUAUUACAAUGGUAGCCCACAACUCUCUGGCUUUGCGCCAAGAGAGUUAAAUCAGUGUAAGCAGAGGUGGGGCAGAUUGAACGAGCAAGUCUGCAGGUUUGUGGGCUGUCAUGAGGCCGCUUUGAAGGAGCAAGCAAGUGGGCAGAACGAGAACGAUGUCAUGAAGGCUGCUCAUGACAUCUUCUUAAAUGACUACGGCUCCAAGUUCGGCCUUGAACAUGCAUGGAGGGAACUUCGGUAUGAUCAGAAGUGGAAAUCAAACUCCAAAGAUGGUGCAAAGGAGAAAAGGAAGGAAGCUGCGGAGGUGGAACCUGAGUUCGAAGAGGUUAGGCCAGAAGGUGUUAAAGCAGCCAAACGCAAGAAGCGUGGCAAUGAAGCUUUUGAUCAGUUACAGACCAUGCUAGGGGUCAAAGAUGCCAUCUCGAAACGGAGACUCCUUGAGCGUCUCCUUGCAAGAAAAGAUCCACUUUCUGAAACAGAAAUGGUUCUCAAAGACAAACUCGUUGUCACGGGUCUCAACUGCAAAAGCUGGCUUCUCUACUGGCUUCUCUACUGGCUUCUCUACUGGCUUCUGUACUGCCUUCUCUACUGCUUCCUUGUUUGCAUGCUUCACGGGUUUAAUGUAAUUUGUUUUAAUGGCUUCUCUACUGCUUCACGGGUUUAA